CAGGUCAGGAAAUGUUCCAGACGGAAGUUUACACGAUGUCGGCUACACAUGAAGAUCACAGUCAUCUUCGCCCUGGAUAUUCGGGUUCCUCUGUAUCAUGUCGUACAUGUACAGAUUUUAAAGCAUGGAUGAAGGUACAAGGUAAAACUGUUGAGGAACAUCCAAAAUCUGGGUCUCGGCAUGAAUGUCCACUCGACAUAAAAGAACUUGGCCGUAAUACCUGGUCUUUUCUUCAUACAAUGGCUGCCUACUUUCCCCAAAAGCCAUCUGAUCAACAGCAGAGCGAAAUGAAACAGUUUAUACAACUGUUUUCUCAAUUCUACCCUUGUAAACACUGUGCUGCUGACCUAAGGGAAGACUUGAAGACCCAUGAACCUGUUACCACCAAUCGGCAUGAUUUGUCCCAGUGGUUUUGUGAGCUACACAACAGAGUAAACAAGAAGCUUGGAAAACCAGAGUUUGACUGUUCCAAAGUUAAUGAAAGAUGGCGAGAUGGAUGGAAAGAUGGUAGUUGUGGGUGAUGCAGUAUUUUACAGAACACGUGUCAGGAUAUAUAUAUCUGUAUGGCUGAAAUGUAUAUUUUGGCCAAAGCCCGAAGUUCAGCUAGUUCGUCUUUUGGCCGGCACUUUGACUGAAAGGUAUGGUCAAGGCCCGAUGUACUUGAAGUGAUCACUGCAUAUGCUACUUUGGCUGACCACUUGCGAAGUGGCGAGAGUUCCCUGGCAAAAAUUUGAUGUGCUCAUGUAUCCAUAUACCAGAUGUUGACAGAGGUUGCGGUGAUCCAAGAAGCGUUAUUGCAGUUGUCAUGAAUAUCAAGGGCAUAGAUAGACGGAUUUAGGCAUUAUUUAAGGAUUUUAGGAUUUAAGGAUUUAGGCAUUAUUUUUCUAUUUGUUUUCCAUUGAGUACACAGUCUUUAACUUUACUUGAAUAACAUCUCAUGGCAGGUGUAAUUUCCAAGGAUGUAUAUGCUAAAAAAAAUAUAUUGUGCUCUUACUAUUGUACGUAGAACAAAAGAAGUUAAUAAGUAGUUUCAGUUACAGUUCUGUAGCAUUUUAUUAGACUUGUUUUUAGUACUGUCAAUAUUCCAUUAUUUUUGAACUAUCAUUGAAGAACAGUUACCAAGGUAAGGGAUUUGUUACCUGAAUGUCAGUAAGAAUUUCAGAAUACCAUGCAUUCAUUGAGAGUUUUAUCAGACGAUAGUAAUAUCUGGGCUGUUUUUUUUAAGGAUAGUGCUUCCAUGCACCACUUCGGCUAAGUUACAUUAUCAAAAAGAACUUGGAAAAGGAAAAUUACAUAUUUUGGGUAGAAGCUGUGAUAUGCUGUUUAAAAUAAAAGAUAUUUCGAAGAA